UGAGUCUUGUGUACUGAGCACGUCGCUUCAUUGAGCCGAUCGCUCCACAAUCACGACGUAAACUUUUUCGCAGUUUAGUUACUGGGAUGUAGUGUGAUAGUGAUAGUGGUUUGUGGACUAUUAGAUGUUUUAUAACGGAUUUAUAAUUAUGGGUCACCAUCUGAGAUGAGAUCCCACUUAGCUUGUAGCUUGAGCCGAUAGUGGACAGAUAAAAUGGCGAUAUCACGGCUUUGCUCACGUUUACUGCUCCUUGUCUUCUUAUUAUUAUGUAAAGAGUAUUCAGUUCGAAGUCUGGAACUGCUGGAACUCCGGGUCCCCACACACGUUCCCUUGGGCACGAGGCCAACCCUCUCGUGCAGGUGGCAGCUUGGCCCUUCCGAUGUGCUUUAUUCUGUUAAGUGGUACAAAGAUGGCAAAGAAUUCUUUAGACACGUCCCACGAGAUAUUGAGACGAGAAGAAAAUUCUUUUUACCGGGCGUCGAUGUUGAGGAUUCAAGCCCAAAUGGUGCCAAUGUGACGUUGGCGCCUGCUGCAUUGGAGACGGGCGGCCGUUACCGCUGUGAGGUUUCUGGUGAAAGACCCUUGUUCCCCACAGUCUCCGACCACUCAGAUAUGAUCAUAGUUGCUCUCCCAGAAUUCGGUCCUGUGAUUACUGGCUCAAAACUGCGGUACCACGUUGGUGACCGUGUCCAAGUAAAUUGCACUUCUGGAAGGUCAAGGCCAGCGACACGGCUUUCCUGGUACAUUAAUGGAGAACCAGCACCCGCAGCAGCCGUGCUGGCACCAGAAUAUCACAGUCAUGAGGACGGCCUGGAGACUACGAGUUUGGCGCUCGAAUUCAAAGUUAAACCAAAGCACUUUAGAAAAGGAGACCUCAAACUCAAAUGUCUAGCGACGAUAGCUACAGUUUACUGGCGGAGCAACGAAGAAAGUGUUCAAGGGGAGAGGAUGAAGGGCUAUGCACGGUCUCGAGAACUCGCUGAAAAUUCUCGCGCCGAUCGCGUCCAAGCCGCUGGCUGUGCGAACCCAACUGCGCUUACAACCAAAUUAUUACUGUUUUUCCUGAUUAUUACCAAUAAAGUAGAAAUGUUUAUACCUUUUUAAUUAUUUUAAUGUUUACAUGCAUUUAAAUAUACAAACGCGUAAAAUGUUUUGGAAGCAUUAUUUACCAGUGAAAUCUCUCUAAUUUUUCUUCUGACAAUCUGAAAGGCCUAUUUGUUCAUUGCUGUUAUUAAUUUGUAUUAUUGUCAUGUCAAAUAAUAACACUUGAAUAUUAUAGGUACGUAAAUUAUUCUGGAAACAUUUUCGACCAGAAGCCACUCGUAUGUACAAUUUGAUUAUAUUAUGAAUGAUAUAAAUUUUCAUUUCGGUAUCAGUGGUUAAUAACCACAAGAGCUUAAUAACAUAUCAUGAGGAAAAUUUGAGAUGUAAUAAUUUCUUUUCUCAGUAAAUUGUUUAAUAGAUAUCAAAACAUAUAUAAUAUUUUACUGUAAUGCCAAAAAGAAACAUCUAAUUUAUUAAAGAAAAUAACUUAUAACUAAUUCUCUAAAGAAACAUUGCAGCUGAGAAGCUUUGUAUUCAUUUUCAGAUUAUUCGCUUUUUGUUAUAAGCUAAACGUUUUCUUAGGAUCGUUAACCUAGUGCAGUUGAAAACAAAGAAAACAAUAUAUUGGUGAAAUAAACAGUUUAAUAACUAGUCACUUAAUCAAAGCUUACGGAUAAUUAAAUUAAAAUAAAAUAUUUCUUAAUAUACAGGGACAAUAGAAUAGACGAUGGUUAUGAAUGUCCUAGUACUAAUAAAACUUCAAUUUUGGAUGGAUAUAAAAAGUUGAGAUCAAUGUUGACCAAGGCUUCAGAGUGUGAUUCACAUACAUACACUUUCUUCCUAUUUUGCGCAUUUACAUUUGGUGAAGGAGAUCGUGAGAAAACUGGCUUGCCUUAGACCCAAAAAGUUGAGGAGAUCUGUCAGGCACAUAAGGCUGAUCACCUACUACUCAUUAGAUUGAUAAAUUAUCAUGAAUCAGAUAUAUAAGUCCGAGACUUAGAAUGUUGAAUUUGAUACGGUUAUAAUUUAAGCUAAGCGGACAUUCUGUGUAUCGAGUCUGCAAUAUUCGGUUACUUUCAAAUUUUAGUCCAAAUUACGAGAAACCAACCUAAUUCGAUUAGUACAGCGAAUAAGUUAGGGUCCUUAGUAUGCCGCUAAGGUACGCUAGGACGAGUAAUGAAAGAAUAUCCAUGCAGACAAUCAGUUCUUAAUCACUAUUAUAUACAUUUUUAAUUGUGUUAAAUUACUAAGUCUAUUAUUAAUUGUUAUUCAUGUAAUAUUUGUUUAAAUUACAUUAUAUUCCUGAAACUAUAUGUUCAUAAAAACUAAAUACAAAUUUACCUAAACUAUGUAUCAAUUUUUUGUUCGUCACAGUAGAAAUACAUUAAGAUUUGGUAUAAUUUUCAUCUGUAUACGAUUAUAACUCGCUAUGGGCCAUUAAUAACGCCAAACAAUAUAAAAAGUUUGAUUAAUUUAGUUUUUAUGAAUAAAAGAGGAGUGUAUCGUCAUUGUCGGAAGUGGAUUUUAUAAUGAUCAUUGAACAUUGCAGACUCGGCAGUUCAUACAAAAAGACAAAAAUCUUAAAUUGAAAUAAUAAAUAAAUUUUAAUAUAUUUCUAUUCAAUCGAUAUAAAUGUUUAAAUCUGUGACAUUUCAUGUUUAUUGUGAUUUUCAUGUCCGCAUUACCGCUUCAAUAUAUUGUAAAUAAUGUAAAGUUUUAAAAUCAUUUAAAAAUGUUUAAAAUAGAAUAGCGAUUAUUUAUGAUAGUAUUACUUAGGAAACGGAGAAAAUUUUAAUAUGAAAUUAUAUUGGUAAUUAAUAAACGUAUUAUUUUUUCGCUUUUGUGAACUAAAUUUUAAUAAUAUUAUCAUCUUGAUAGGAAAAUGAAAAUUAUCUAUAUACGAGGUCUAUUAUUGUUCAAUUAAACUGUUGCUUAUUGUUGUACAUUUCGUAGAUUAAGUAUAAAUAUGUAAAUAAUGAGUUAAGUAGAUCGAAGUAAA